GGCUUGGGUGACAGGCGAGGGGUGGGGGGAAGAGUUCAGCCUGAGUCACAGUCUCAUUCACUGAUUUCUCUUCGGCUGGACGGAGGCUGCCUCCUCACGCGGCUCCCAACUAUUCCCGUAGCUCAGUGCCCCCCUCCCGCCGCUCUACUCAGCCAGGCAGACAGACUGACAGACUCGCUAGUCGGCAGCUUCACUCCCGAGGGUGCAGCGAGCCCAGGCGGCGAACACCCGGUACCCCUGGCGCAGCGAGGUGGGAUGCUGUACGGACAGCAGCGCUAAGUGCCCCCCACCCCCGGCGCGGGGUGCACUCGCUCCUGGCCGCGGGCCCAGCAGCGGCGGCGGCGGCGGCGGCGGCGGAGGGGAUGAGCCCGGGACGCGCGAGGCGCCUGCCUCAAGCUACCGCCCGGAGAGGUACGCCGAGUAGGGCUCAUCGUAGGACCGCGCGGACCCCUGCCCCCCGUGGCACGCGGCUGCGGAGCCUUGAAGCCGCGUCUGUGAUCAGGAUGCACUGGGCGCCUCGCAGCUGGUGAGGAUGCCCUGCUGCGCGGCCCUGCGCCCCCAGCCCCAGUCCCAGGUGGGCAAGACUGACUGGGCCCGGCUUCGGCCCCUCGUGCCGGUGGAUGAAACGUGCCGGAGUGCUUGGGUGCCAUCAGCUAUCAAAUCUGAAUUCUAAGCGCCAUGGACGAAGGCACUGGACUGCAGCCCGGGGCGGGAGAGCAGCUGGAGGCGCCGGCCACGGCAGAAGCUGUCCAAGAGAGGUGCGAGCCGGAGACCUUCAGGUCUAAGAGUUUACCAGUCCUCAGCAGCGCCUCCUGCCGGCCAAGCCUCGGUCCCACUAGUGGAGACGCCAACGCUGCCUUUGGCUGUGUGGAUUCUUCCGGCCACCAGGAGUUGAAGCAAGGCCCGAACCCGUUGGCCCCCAGUCCCUCUGCCCCGUCCACUUCGGCGGGGCUCGGGGACUGUAACCACAGGGUGGACCUCAGCAAAACCUUCUCGGUGUCCUCCGCCUUGGCCAUGCUCCAGGAGAGAAGGUGCCUCUACGUGGUCCUCACGGAUUCCCGUUGCUUCCUAGUGUGCAUGUGCUUUCUGACCUUCAUCCAGGCGUUAAUGGUCUCUGGGUACCUGAGCAGCGUAAUUACCACCAUUGAAAGGCGCUACAGUCUGAAGAGUUCCGAGUCGGGGCUGCUGGUCAGCUGCUUUGACAUCGGGAACCUGGUGGUGGUGGUGUUCGUCAGCUACUUCGGCGGCCGGGGUCGGCGGCCCCUGUGGCUGGCCGUGGGUGGACUCCUCAUCGCCUUCGGGGCAGCCCUCUUCGCCUUACCUCACUUCAUCUCGCCCCCCUACCAGAUCCAAGAGUUGAACGCCUCGGCCCCCAACGACGGCCUGUGUCAGGGUGGCAACUCCACCGCCACUUUGGAGCCUCCGGCCUGUCCGAAAGACUCGGGAGGAAAUAAUCACUGGGUCUACGUGGCUUUAUUCAUUUGCGCGCAGAUUCUCAUUGGAAUGGGCUCCACACCUAUUUACACCCUGGGACCAACCUACUUAGAUGACAAUGUCAAGAAAGAAAACUCCUCCUUGUACCUAGCCAUCAUGUAUGUCAUGGGAGCACUUGGCCCUGCAGUGGGAUAUUUAUUAGGUGGACUUCUUAUUGGUUUUUAUGUUGAUCCCAGAAAUCCUGUUCACCUUGACCAGAAUGACCCUCGUUUCAUUGGAAACUGGUGGAGUGGAUUCCUCCUUUGUGCCAUUGCAAUGUUUCUUGUGAUAUUCCCAAUGUUUACUUUCCCAAAAAAGCUUCCACCUCGACACAAGAAAAAGAAAAAGAAAAAAUUUUCUGUUGAUGCUGUUAGUGAUGACGAUGUUCUGAAGGAGAAAUCAAACAACAGUGAACAAGCGGACAAAAAAGUUUCUUCGAUGGGAUUUGGAAAGGAUGUCAGAGACCUACCAAGAGCAGCUGUCAGGAUCUUAAGCAACAUGACAUUCCUUUUUGUGAGUUUGUCAUACACAGCUGAGAGUGCCAUUGUAACUGCUUUCAUUACCUUCAUUCCCAAGUUCAUCGAGUCACAGUUUGGUAUCCCAGCCUCCAAUGCCAGCAUCUACACUGGGGUUAUUAUCGUCCCCAGUGCUGGUGUUGGUAUUGUCCUCGGAGGCUACAUUAUAAAAAAAUUGAAACUUGGUGCCAGAGAAUCUGCAAAACUAGCAAUGAUCUGCAGUGGUGUGUCUUUACUAUGUUUUUCAACCCUAUUUAUUGUCGGAUGUGAAAGCAUUAAUCUAGGGGGCAUAAACAUCCCUUAUACAACAGGACCUUCUCUCACCAUGCCCCAUAGGAAUCUGACAGGAAGCUGCAACGUUAAUUGUGGUUGUAAAAUACACGAGUAUGAGCCAGUCUGUGGAUCAGAUGGAAUUACAUACUUUAACCCUUGUCUGGCUGGCUGUGUUAAUAGUGGCAAUCUUAGCACUGGGAUACGGAAUUAUACAGAAUGCACCUGUGUCCAAAGUCGCCAAGUGAUCACUCCACCCACUGUGGGACAGCGAAGUCAGCUCCGUGUGGUUAUUGUCAAGACUUAUCUCAAUGAGAACGGCUAUGCUGUGUCUGGGAAAUGUAAACGGACCUGCAAUACUCUUAUCCCAUUCUUAGUUUUUCUUUUCAUAGUCACCUUCAUCACAGCAUGUGCCCAACCAUCAGCUAUCAUAGUAACACUCAGGUCUGUAGAAGAUGAGGAGAGACCUUUUGCGCUGGGAAUGCAGUUUGUUUUGUUGCGAACACUUGCAUACAUUCCUACUCCAAUCUACUUUGGAGCAGUCAUUGACACCACCUGCAUGCUCUGGCAACAGGAAUGUGGUGUGCAGGGUUCUUGCUGGGAGUACAAUGUGACGUCGUUUCGUUUUGUGUAUUUUGGUUUGGCUGCCGGCCUCAAAUUCGUUGGGUUUAUUUUUAUUUUUCUGGCCUGGUACUCCAUAAAAUACAAGGAGGAUGGACUGCAGAGGCGGAGGCGGAGAGAAUUCCCCCUGAGCACCGUGAGUGAGAGAGUGGGACACCCCGACAAUGCCCGGACUAGAUCUUGCCCAGCUUUCAGCACCCAGGGAGAAUUCCACGAAGAGACUGGUCUGCAAAAAGGGAUCCAGUGCUCAGCACAGACCUACCCGGGGCCCUUCCCAGAAGCAAUAAGUUCCUCUGCGGACCCGGGGCUGGAAGAGAGCCCCGCUGCCUUGGAGCCGCCCUCCUGAAGCUUGAAAAUGGAAGAAUUUAGUUUUGUUGGUUGAAUUGAAAAUGGCGACUUGAGAAACAACUGUGCCUUCUUUUCUUUCUUUCUUUUUUUUAACCUCUACAGACACAAUCCUCAAACCAACAAAACUCAGUAUACACAGCCGCUAUUCAUUGAGGGCUGGAUACCUCAACAAGACUGAGAGCCUUUCCCCGCUUCUCUCCAAGAAGGAGACGUUCACCUAGAUUUGUUCCCAUUUCCGUUGUGUUAAUUCAAAGCUCAUGCUCCCCUACGGUACAGGCUGAGGUACACGGUUAGCAAAAUCAUGGGAAGGGGAAUGGCGGUGCAUAUCAUUAACUAACACUCCAAACAAAGGUGAGCUUGCCCAGGACUUGGCAUUUCCAAAUCAAAGUUUUUAGAUAUGAACACCUACUGUGAGUUCUGCUACAAAGCACAAAUGAAUUUGUCUCAACUAUGCAAUUUGAUUGGAAAAAUGUAUGUGCAGCAUGUUACGUUUACUUUCACGGAAUAAAGCAGAUAUGUUUCUGAAAA